AUAUUUCUGACAUGAAGAAACUUCUGUUGAUUGAUGCUGAUUGUGGUGUUGAUGAUGCUCAAGCUAUAAUGAUGGCUCUUGCCAAUCCCAGUGUAGAAGUCCUGGGGAUUACUUGCACUUAUGGGAACAACCUGUUGGAAAAUACAUCUAGAAAUGUGCUGCGUGUGUUGCAAGUUUGUAAUAAGCUUGAGAUUCCAGUUUAUCCUGGUGCUCCUGCUCCUCUACUUGGUGGACCUGUUACAGGGGCACUGUUUCAUGGUAAAGAUGGAUUGGGUGAUGUUCCUGAUCCAAAUGCCCCAGGAACAGAACUUCUGCAGAAAGAAAAUGCUGUGACUGCAAUAUUAAGAAUAGUCAAUGAGCGACCAGGUCAGGUGAGAUGGUACAGGUACCCUAAAUAUUUAUCAUAA